GUAGACAUUUGCAAUGAAACAGCUUGCAGUAAUCUCCAACUCAAGUGACAACUGACACACAGCAAACUCGAACUGCAAGUGACACUUGUUAAGCAUCACAAAUUGCAAUUCCAGUCACUGAGGACAGAGGAGCCGAGGCAGAACCAGAGGACAGACUUCAGUCACAGGCUCAGAGUCUGAUUACCAAACCAGGCUCCACUUCCCCCACCCAAUCCGCGCGGCGGAUCUCCUCCCCCCCUCCUCCAUCCGAGCCCAAGAUUUGCUCCGGCCGCCAUGUGCUGCCUCGACGACGGCUGCUGCUGCUGCGGCGGCUGCUACGACUCCUUCUGCGACCGCUGCUGCCCCUGCGUCUCGUACGACGCGCGCGAGACCAUCUUCGGUUGCUGCGUCUGCUUCCUCAUCCUCGGCGCCGUGGCCCUCCUCGCCGUGCUCCUCGCCGCCUACGGCUUCAUCCGCCAACCGGAGGUCGCCGUCGAGUCCGCCUCGCUGACCAGGUUCGCGCUCCUCACCACCCCCGCCACCGCGCUCGCCUACAACCUCUCGCUCACGCUCACCGUCCGCAACCGGAACUGGGCCAUGGCCGUCAAGAGCACCAAGCCGAUGGAGGCCGGCUACAGCUUCGACGGGCAGCGGUUCGACCGCGUCAGGCUCGCCGACGAGGGGGACGUGCACCCGGCGGGGAAGACCCGGGUGUACCACCUCGACUCCGGCGCCGGCGGCGCGUACGUGGCGCUCGGGAACGCCGGCGUCGCCGAGUUCGGGAAGGAGAACGCCACGGGGCUGUUCGAGGUGGAGGUGGCGGUCGCCGGCGAGGUGAGGUACCAGGCGCACUUCACCAAGUGCAAGCUGGCCGCGACGUGCCCGCUCAAGCUGCAGCUCGCGCCGCCCGGGACGCCCGCCGUCGUGUUCCAGAAGGUCAAGUGCAAGCUCGCCAAGCCCGACAAGAACUGCUAGCUGGCGGAUCCAGCCUCAUUGAUUUGUGAGUUGUUUGCCUAUCGCUGCUGCCCAUUCCUGGGUCCGGCCGGAAACGUCCAUUGGAUUCUUGAGGCCAUUCAGACGAUUUGCUGAAUACUAGCAUGUCAGUCCAUUAGGAAAUAACCCUUGGGAAAUGUUUUAAGUAGACUAAGAAACUCUUAGCUAACACCAAUAAAAUACCCUUGGGAAGUGGUCAAGAUAGGGGAAAAAGCUAAGCAUGUGUUUGGUUCCGAAGUGGUAGGUGUAAAUCCAUCACAAAUUUUUA